CGGCCGAGGCGCGAAGCGAGGCCGGAGCUUCCGGCGGCUCCGGAAGUGCGGCGCGUAGGGCUGCCGGGUCGCGCGGCCGCGUCACGGCGGAGAGUCGGUGUCCUGCGUGUCCCGCUUACUACAGGAGCGACCGGGAAAUCACCUUCUAGAAGUAAUGCCCACAGAAAGCGGGAGUUGCUCCACUGCUCGCCAAGCAAAACAGAAACGCAAAUCUCACAGCCUUUCCAUACGAAGGACCAACAGCUCGGAGCAGGAGAGGACGGGUCUGCCGAGAGAGAUGCUCGAAGGACAGGAUUCUAAGCUGCCUUCCUCGGUUCGCAGUACACUUCUGGAACUAUUUGGUCAAAUAGAGAGAGAGUUUGAAAACCUUUAUAUUGAGAACUUAGAACUGCGUAGGGAAAUCGAGACUCUUAAUGAACGUUUAGCCGUUGAAGGACAAGCGGUCGACGGGGCGGAACUGAGCAAGGGCCAGCUCAAGACGAAAGCCAGCCACAGCACCAGCCAGCUGUCGCAGAAGCUGAAGACCACGUACAAGGCCUCCACCAGCAAGAUCGUCUCCAGCUUCAAGACCACCACGUCGAGGGCCGUGUGUCAGCUCGUGAAGGAAUACAUUGGCCACAGGGAUGGCAUCUGGGACGUCAGCGUGGCAAGGACACAGCCCGUGGUGCUGGGCACCGCGUCUGCUGAUCACACGGCUCUGCUGUGGAGCAUAGAGACAGGGAGGUGCCUCGUCAAGUACUCGGGCCACGUGGGGUCAGUAAAUUCUAUAAAGUUUCAUCCAUCAGAGCAGUUGGCUCUUACUGCCUCUGGAGACCAGACUGCCCACAUCUGGAGUUACGCUGUUCAGCUGCCGACACCCCAGCCCGUUGCCGACACUACUCAGCAGGUCUGUGGCGAAGACGAAGUGGAGUGCUCUGAUAAAGACGAGCCGGACGUGGACGCGGACGUGUCCAGUGACUGUCCUACCAUCCGAGUGCCACUGACGUCUCUUAAGAGCCACCAGGGAGUGGUCAUAGCCGCUGACUGGCUGGUUGGGGGGAAGCAGGCAGUGACGGCCUCCUGGGACAGAACGGCGAACCUGUUCGACGUGGAGACGGCGGAGCUCGUUCACGCUCUGACAGGGCAUGACCAGGAGCUAACGCACUGUUGCACACACCCCACCCAGCGGCUUGUGGUGACCUCCUCCCGGGACACGACUUUCCGUCUUUGGGAUUUCAGGGACCCUUCAAUCCACUCCGUGAAUGUCUUCCAGGGCCAUACGGAGGCCACAGAAGAAUGGUGUGCUGCUCGGCCUGGAGCGAAGACCACCCCACGUGCAAUCUGUUCACCUGCGGGUUUGACAGGCAGGCCAUUGGCUGGAGCAUCAACAUCCCUGCGCUGUUACAAGACAAAUAAGGUCGCCGGCGCCCUGAGCUGCGCUGUUCACCGUGGACCUGUGGGCUGGUGCCGCUUUGCUCAUCCUCGUCAAGCCCUUUUUGUGAGAGUUGCACCCUGGAAAGGGUGGUUUGUAUGUUCUUUUCCCAUUGUAUCGAGCUUGCAUGAAAUGUACAGCAAAAUGUGUGGUCACAUGUCUUAUUUUCGUCCUGUGUGUGUGUUGGCACCCUCUGGUCCGUGGACAUGAAGCCCCCUGCCCUGUAGCACGUCGUGUGUUGUGAGUUCUGGCGUCUGACGGAUGACACGAGGGCAUUACGUUUGCGUGAGUUCAGUGUGAACCCGAGGACGUACUGUGAGGCGUAAGCAGUCUGUGGCGUUGCUGGAGUCGUCAUACAGAUCUACCUUGUACCGGGAAGGUCACGGAGCGACCUCUGCGUUGGCUGGCGAUCCGCAGGUGUGAUGGGAGAUUUCAUGUUUACUUCUGUCUGAGGGUUUAGCAUGUGCUGUGCUGUAACUCAGUUCAACUCUGUAUUCUGGUAUAGUUGUGUAAAAUCAACCUGGAAUUGAGAAGUUCACAAAAAUAGAAUGCCGAUUUUGUAACAUUUGGAAAGUUUUUUUGAAAACAGAAAGUUUCUGCUCUUUUUAUAGAAAAUCAUUUCAAUCUCCUGAGGUCUCAUAUUAGCAAAUUCAAAAAUAGGAUGAUUCUAAUCACUGAUUUCAGAUAUUAAGCAAAAUUUAAAGCACUUUAGUUUAUAGCUAUGCUUAUAAACAGUUUUUAGAAGUUUCAAAUGACUUAUCCGGUGAAUGUGACUUGAGCUUUUAAAGAAGGCCCUGCCUGCUACCUGAAAACAAAACCUUAUUUAUUUUCUACACUUCGGUUUGCGUAUUUCUAAAUGGGUUCACUUCCUCAGUGGUGUUUGAGAGCCAACAAUGCAAAUAAAUGAGUACUACCUCAAAAUCAGUGUAUUUGGAAAAUGUGGGGGUCUCACUGUUGCCUAGCUACAGCACUUUUCACUUAUAGCUGGAAUGCCGCACUCAGUCCAGAGGGCAAGAAAGACAAUCCUAGCAAACGUAUCCUGAGGACGAAAGCUCUCCCAUUAGCCGGCAAGGUGGUAGCGGAAACCAUGUGCACAGGGUACAAGAUGCUCCUGUUUCGGCAGCUGGGGCCCCUCUCCGCGCCAGUCCUCCCACUGCCUGGGCGAGCCUGUCACUCUUGCCUUCUUUGGAGUUACUGUGGUUUGGUGUUUGUGAGUUCAUGUUUCCUGCUCAGUUGCAGUUCUGAUCAAGAGCCAUCUCCGUGUACUGCCCUCCUCUUUUUAGUACUUCGAAUGUGUCCACUUGGAGAGGCACAGAGGGUGACGAUGACCGUGAUCACGGGUGUCCCCUGCCUCCUAGUGGUGACCAUGGUGGAGUGCCGUUUGGCGAGGGGUGCCAGCAGAGCGUGCGGGCCGCCCUUGGUCCUGCGUGAACCCGCCUCUCUCGAGGCUUCUUUGGCUCAGGUCCCGUGUGCGGUGGCUCAUCCUAGGCGCUUCAGCCCUGAAUUACCUGGAAUGAUUCUGAAAUGACUUACGUCUGAAAGGGAAGAAGGGUCAGGGGAAACCUGUCAGGACGUAGUUAGAGCUGAGGCUGCCGACUACAGGACAAACGACCGGUGCUUCAGAAUGGCUUUCUGCCCAAAGCCUGGCACCUCCCCGCACCACUCCGGAGAACUUGGGCCGGAGCGUCCGCGUCCAGCCUCUGCCCACCCGAGCACGCCAUGCCCCUGGCGGCAGAGCGCUGUUGACCUUGGGAUGCUAAGAUGUGCAUCCACACUCUUGGGCUCCUGUUGUGUUUUAAUUUGAAUGUCAGGGUGUUUUAGAAUCGUUAGUAACAUUGAAAAAUGUGUACAGACACAGUGAAAUCAAACUUAAGAACCAGAUCUCUGCCAGACUAAAAAAUUUGGAGCUUUUAAUUCAACAUAUCUGGUGGCUAUUUAGUUCUCCACGGACUAGUGCCCUCUGCGUCUGGCAGCUGCUCACCUUAUCGCUGGCAGGAGGGGCCGGCCGCCUCCCCCUCACCAGGCUCCACGAGGGCACGGGCCCCCUGCUGCUGGCAUGGCCUCUCAGGAGUAGGACGCCCUCCCGCCAACUGCCGUGUCGUCCUCGGACGCAGUUCCCUUCAGCUGCUGCUGGGGACUCAGUGGUGGUGGUUUCCGAGUCACGGAGAUUUGGGAUAGGGUGUGCACGUGUGUGCAUGAAUGUGUGUGUGUGUGGGUGUGAAUGUGUGAGUGUGCAUGUAUGCACCUGUGUGGCUGAACUAAGCCAUGUGGUCAGCCACACCUGAUCUCAUCUGCAGUGUGUUUGGAAAUGAGAGUGGUUUUGUCCUGUGUGCUCACAUGUCCAGGAUUUCAUUUAAUAAAGGAAGGAAAUGUGUGGUUAUUGGAAAAUGUGUAUUGAUAGAGAAUUUCAUAAGAUCUAUAUUGUUGGACAAAACAGCACUCUUUCUCAACCACUGCGCAUCGGUUUCUGGAGAGACAAAAAUUCUGUACAUAUUUUGGAAUUUGAAGAAUCCUAUUUACAUCACUUGUUGCUUUUAAAUCUGUGAAAACCGAAUUUCUUUAAAGUAUGCAUUUAUAAGUGUUGUGUAGAAGCAAGUGUUUUUUUAUUGUGUUGAUGUAAUUGUUUUUAAGUGUUGACUGUCUUCAUUGCCAGUAUGAAAUUCAUUAAAAAUCCACAUUCUGUAA